AUGGUGUCCAGGUUAUUGGACUAUUCCGAGGGAGGUCCCAACGACCCACGCACCACCUUCAACGACUUGCGCAAAUGGCUUACGGCUGUCAAGGAGGAACUUUCCCCUUGGGGUUGGCAGGCCUACGACGCAGAGUUCCGAGAGCGAAUGCAGGCUGAAAAAAAGCUGUACGCCAUGAACGGCCUGCCCAACAGCGGUGCGCAACCGCAGGAUGGUGUCAUCCAGGGAACCCCAUUGUGGCAAGAAAGGCUCGACCAGAUGUUGCUCGUAGAGCACUUAAAGAGGAAGGUCAUGGUAGCUCACACAGCGUUCACCGAAGCCACGGAUUUGUUGCUGAAAUCGCACGCGUGGUUGGUGAAGGAUUCGCUACUGGCUGACAAAUUCGCUGAAUGCAUCUCACGGGUGCCGCCGAGUCAGCAUGACAGAAUCGAUUUGCUACAGGUCGCGCUGAAAAACUCGCGCGAGGAGACCAAGGCUGCCAAAGCCGAGUUCCACGAGUACAAGGUCCGGCAGCAGAUCCAGCGCCAGGAAUACUUGGUGCGCACCAUCAACAAUCAGUCCUACGCAAUCCGGCAGAAGACGAAGGAUGACGUGCUCGUCUCUUGGCGGUAUCAUUGCGAACGUUCUCGUGCAGUUGAGCUUGAAGGCCGCAAUGAUGUUCUGGUCACACGUGUCAACGACCUGGAGGCCAAGAUGGUGGCGACUCAGGAAGAUCUGGAAGAAGCGGCGCGGCAGUGGGAGGAGCAGCGAACCGCUCUCGAAGCGGAUCGCGAUGAGUACAAGCGCCUCUACGAGAAGUUCUUGGCGGCUCAUGAGCGUGCCAUGGCGGAUCUAGAGGAGUCACAGGGCACGGCGGAGGACCAGGCCAAGAAGCUGCAGGUUCUGACCCUGGAGAAACACCGUCUCACAGAUAAGGUGGAGGAGCUGGAAGAUGACAAGCGCCGAAUGUCCAAGCAGCUGGCAGAACUACGUGAUGAGGUGGCCAAGCUGAAGGCGGAGCUUCGCAGGCUGGGUGCUCAGCUACGCGAGGGAGAGGUGGCUCUGCUCCUGGCACGCUCGGAUGCGCAGCAGCUCCGGGCAGAUGCCCGCGGUCUUGAGGAUGUGGUGCCUCUGGAAAGCGAUGGCCCAGCCCGACCAUCUCAGCGAAAGCUUCUCCAGGACAGCAGCCGAAGGGAGGCAGAGCUGCUGGACCAGCUGCUCGCGGCGGAGACGAUGGCUGACGCGCGGCAGAAGCGCCUGUUGGAGCUUGAGGGUCCUGGAAACGAGCCCGAUGCAGAGGAGGAGCCAGGCCCAGGCCUGGCACCGGCCUCUGAAAUAGGAGUCCUGCCAGCAGAGCGUCGUCUACGCAGACACGUCGAGAAAGAGCGUGAUGAGCUUCUCAUCUUUACCAAAGACCUGGACAUGGAGCUGGUGAAGGUUAAAGAGGAAUGCUAUCACACCGUCCGGGACAUUAAGCGGAAGUGUGCGGAGGAGCUGGAGGACUUCAAGACCACAGAGCUUGCCAAAGCAAAGGCCGAUUUCCAGUCGCAGGUUGAGGAGAUUACUCGCCAGCGUGACAUGCUGCAGAAAGAAGUCGAGUUGGGAGAGUCCGUGGCUCCUCACUUGCCGACCCUCAACCCGCUGGUCUCGCAGGACCCUUCCAAAAUUUGCGGCGUGUGUCGACGCACCAUCGUUUUUGAAGGUGCGCUAAAGGUGUAUCCCCAGAAGAAGUAG